AUGAAAACAUUGGCUAUAUUAUUAUUAACACAAAUUUUGCUGUGUAUAUAUAAAGGGAUAGUAAAGGCACGAAAUAUAAAAGUAAAACUGCACGGAAAUAUAUAUACCAUUUUAUAUGAAACGAAGAAAGUAGAAUUCUCAGAAUUAGAUAUUCUUAAAAUUAUGUUUCAUUCAAAUCAUAUUAAACAUUGUGGUAAUUCUCUUAUUUGUUACAUACUUAAGUUAUCAUCUAAACAGGUAACACACAUGGACUUUGUAGUUCGUCAUAUUGAUAUAACAUUUGAUAAAACACUUACAUAUGAUAACCGUUAUAAAAUAAUUGGAGCAGUCACUAAUUAUGGAUAUACAUCUUAUCGGGUAACUUUAUUUGGUGUUAGUGCUGAUAAUGACAAAAAUGAAGAAGACAAAGAAAUGCAAUACUUACUACGUGACAAUACAAGAACAGAAAAAAAUAAAAGAAAAGAAAAAAAUAUAGAAUAUUUAUUACAAGAAUAUGAAGAAAAUAGCUCGGAUAUAAUUGAUUUGAAUGAUGAAAAACUUCAAGAAAUUGCUCAAAAAAAGAAAUGCAUAAAUUAUUUCAGUGUUCAUUACAUAUUAGUUAAAAUUAAUGAAAAGGGAGAAAAGGUUCCUAUUGAUGAUAAUUUUAAAAAUGAGAAUAAAGCUAUGGAUGUUCAACACUUAAAAGAUGUAAUUAACAUCUUUUGCUAG